CCUAAACUAACAUUACUCUAUAUUUUGAGGAGUCUCUUUAUUAAAAAAAAAUGCUCUUUGUUUAGUGAAAAUAUUUCUACAAAACAAAAUUCAAUGAUGGUGCGUAGAAAUAAUUACGGUACCUUUUGUGAUCCAAUGCGGAUUGUUACAUUUUUCACUCACUUCGAGCAUUGAUCUUAGUUUCAUCAUUCAAGCGUACAUAAUGCUUUAUUAAAUGCCUGACGUUUUAAGCUAUUUUUCUUUACAUAAUGCUUCGUUUCGAUACAAAAGAAUUUUUUUUUACAAAGUUACUUUAAAAAAUCAAUUUCAAAAUUUUUCUAUUAAAGAUUUUUGCAUCCAUGUUUGAACAACUUGUGAAAAUAUUUAAUAUCAACCUAACUUUAUGAAUAUUCUUGCAUCAUAAGUUUCUUUCAUUCUUUACGCCUAAAACCAUCCUUCGUACAUUUUCUUCUUUCUGCUUCACCACUGUGGAAAGUGAACCUUUAAAAAUUAAAAUGAAAAAAAUCAUUCGUCAUCCAACCUCAAAUAAAAAAAAAAAAAGAACAAAAUCUCAUCUUUUUUCUCACACUACAAAAGAUGAUGAAGAUUGUGUUAUGGUGGAAAUGGAUCCGAAUCACAGUCAACCAUCUAAUAAGCGAGAAUCGUUCAAGAAGCGUGUUGCUGAGCGUAUUCAAUUGAAAAAUCAACUCAAAAGAUUAAAGCAGCAAAAGUCCAAAUUUCGAAAUAAGGUGUUUGAAGAAAAACAAAAAAAAAAAGUCAUUACGAAACAAAUUCAACAGGUACUGAAACAGAGAAAAAGCAUUCAAGAGAAAGCACAUCUUACUAUGGAAUCUUGAAGAAAGCAAAGUUUAGUGGUAUCAUCAUUCUAGAUUAACAUACAUUAUAUUUUCCUUUAGCAAUUUAAAGUCUUUUUAUGAAAAUUCUAAAUGGACUAUUCGUCAAAAAUAAACAAAGCGUAGUGUUUGAAAAAUAAUUUUUAGUUCGUUAAAGCACCCUCUUUUUGAAUUACAUAAAACUUAAAGUGAAUUGUUAAUUUAUUUCUAAACUUCCCACUCUCGUUUCACUCAAAAGUCCGCAUACAACAGUGUUUUUAAUGGCGU